AUGCAAGAUCGCUCGAGGCGACUUCUUUUCCUCUUUGUUAAAGAAAAAUACCAGAAUAAACCCCCAUGGAAAUGCAGGAUCCCAACGAGGAUGGGUGGGGUUGAGAAAGAGGAAGGCCAUUCCUGGUGUUGGUUUUUUUUGGAGAUGAUUGUGGUGGUGAUACACCAAUGA